AUGAAACCAGCACAACUCUUCCUCUACCCCUCCGCAACUAUCUGCCUUAUUCUCGCCGCCUCUGCGCAAUCUCGGCCCCUCUUCUCCCUCUCCAAAGCCUUCCACGCCCUCGCCGAUCAAAUACAAGUCCCCGUCCUGUUUCCCAACCCCCUAACCCACAACAAAAACAUGCCUCCGCCCGAAAACGACAACACAGUUUCCACAGGCGUCAUCAUCUCCGACGUCAUCGGGAAAACGCAAUCGAUAGCCAUCUUCAGCGGUUUAACCCGAGAUAUCGACUCCAUAUCCAGGCGCUUAGACGACGCGUCGCAGAAUGCUACGGUGCUGGCGCCGCAGAAUGGAGUAAUGAGGGAGCUGAAGAGGAAGCCGUGGGAGGAUCCGCAGGAUUAUGCGGCGUUUGGGGAGAAGGCGUAUGAGGGGGGUGAGGGAGAGGACAGGGCGCAUAGGAAUCUGCGGCGGUUUGUCGAGGCGCAUGUGGUGCCGUUGAGUCCGUGGGAGGAGGGCAGGAAGGUGAAGACUUUGGCGGGGAGUGAGGUUUGGUAUGAGACGAAGGAGGGGAAGAAAGUGAUCCAGCCCCAUGGUGUGGAAGUGGUAAGCAUCGCGGAUAAGGUUGCUAAUGGUGAGGUCUGGGUACUCGCGGGUUCGCUUGCGUAA